GCGGGAAGUGAAAAGAGCGGCCUCCUUGCUUAGAAGAGGAGCCGCUUGGGUGUAUUACAGGUGAAGGGGAGACCCUGCUUUCAUUUCAUGCGCACAACAACCUUGUGAGUGAGGUCAUUGGUCCAUCAAGGUUGAAAAAAAUGUGAAUUUAUAUAUACUUAAACAUAUUGGACUUUGCUUCAGCAAAGUGCUGCUGCCGAGAAGCCAUGCAGGCCUUUCUGAAAGGUCCCUCUUCAAUCAGCACAAAACCUCCACCUACCAAGGAACGGGGAACGGCUGCCACUGCAGGAAGCAGUGGGGAGGGCAAGAGAGUCAGACCUGUUCCUUGGGUGGAAAAAUACCGCCCCAAGUGUGUGGAUGAAGUUGCAUUUCAAGAGGAAGUCGUUGCUGUGUUGAAGAAAUCCUUAGAGGGAGCUGAUCUUCCCAACCUCUUGUUCUAUGGACCUCCUGGGACUGGAAAGACAUCUACUAUUUUGGCAGCAGCCAGAGAACUCUUUGGGCCUGAACUGUUCCGACAGAGGGUCCUUGAAUUAAACGCAUCAGAUGAACGUGGAAUACAAGUCGUCCGAGAGAAAGUGAAGACCUUUGCUCAGCUGACAGUCUCGGGAAGCCGUUCAGACGGCAAACCAUGCCCCCCUUUUAAGAUUAUAAUCUUGGAUGAAGCAGACUCUAUGACGUCAGCAGCCCAGGCAGCAUUAAGGCGCACCAUGGAGAGAGAAUCCAAAACGACUCGUUUUUGCCUUAUCUGUAAUUAUAUAAGCAGGAUAAUCGAACCCAUAACAUCUCGAUGCUCUAAAUUUCGUUUCAAGCCCCUUUCGGACAAAACCCAACAGCAGAGACUUCUAGACAUCGCUGAAAAGGAGAACGUGACGGUCAGCAGCGAGGCAAUAUCUUGCCUAGUUCAUGUGUCCGAAGGAGACUUGAGGAAAGCAAUCACGCUGCUUCAGAGUGCUACGCGAUUAACGGGCAGGAAAGAGGUUACUGAGAAAAUUGUCAUGGAAAUUGCAGGGGUUGUACCUAAAGAAAUCCUGGAUGAAUUACUAGCUGCCUGUCAGAGUGGCUCAUUUGAAAAACUAGAAGUUGUAACAAAGAAUCUGAUAAACGAAGGAUACGCUGCUACACAGCUUAUAAAUCAACUUCAUGAUAUCUUUGUUGAGAAGGAAGAAUUCAGUGACAAACAGAAGUCGGCUAUUGCAGAGAAACUUGCCGAGGCAGACAAAUGCUUGGCAGACGGUUCCGAUGAAUUCUUGCAGUUGAUCAGCCUCUGUGCGGUCGUGAUGCAGCAGCUCACUCAAAAUAGCUAGCCGCAGUGAGAAACCGACUCCUUGACGGCUCCAGCGGGAUCCUGGUGUCUUCACGUUUUGAUAUGCUGUUGGCAGAGCGUAUCUUUGUGUAAUAAGCUCUGAAGUGUAGCGGCAAACGUUCUGAAGUUAUCCCCCUCAACUGGAUCUUGCAGUUACAAUUCCUGUUCUUUGUGAAUGUGGGGGGGUUCAUAGUGCUUGUACUAUGCUUUAUUCUUACUCUUUCACCUGUACACUAAUCACUGUGUUUAAAAAUUCAAAGUGUGGCUUGUAUUUUUCAUUAAA